UUACGACGUCCACACGCAGUGCCGCACAACUUCUCUCGGCGUCGGGUACGCUCAAACGGCCGAACGGAAACAUACGCACGCGACUAGUCAAGACAAAAAUAACAAGUCACAGGAAUUCUCGAAACUCACCAGCCCCAAAAAAAUUCAACCAUCUCACUAAACCCCGUAUGCCAGUCACUAGCCAGGUCAAAUUGAUAUUGUCACGUGGAAAACUUUCAAUCCGUGCCAAACACUAACCACAACCAAAAAAUUUAAAAAAAAAAAGAGAACGUCACAGCCGAUUCGCAGAUUUUAAUUGAGAUCCGCACACACCGACCUAUGUCCACGCAUUUUCUGUGAUUUCUUGUGUUGUGAUGCACUGUGGGGCAAUUGUGGCGCUAUAGCCGGAUUAAGCCACGUGUGAGUGGAACAGGAGGCCGCAAUAGAGUGUCUCACGGUGCGUGUGCCGGCAGGUUUGGUCGCCAAAGCCGGUCAAGUGCCUCCCCAAAAUGGGGGAACCACCCAAGAGGAAAAAGCCUCCAUACCGAGUGACAGCCUAGCAGAAUCUGAGCCAGCCCCAAAGGAUAUGACAGCUGUCAAUGCGGGUGUUCACGAGUUGGCUGGUGUCAGACUGCCGCUGCAGCCCUACAGCGGCGGUCAUGCCGUGUUCAUGUACAGUACCGCCUCCGACGGCAACGUUACGCUCCAGCUCAAGGAACCAGACGAUCUCGAUAAGAACAGCCUGGCAGCGAUGCUGGCCCGUCUACACGACGACGCCACCUUCUCCAUCUCCUACCAGGACACCGACAUCCUGUCCGACGGUAGCAUCGACGUCCUGCUUGGCACUGGUACCGCCAAUUCAGGUGGGAGCGAUGCAGUCGCGGCCACAUUCGAUCUGUUCGACUCGUCGAGUGGUCCCGAUCUCACUCUCUCGCCACAGACCUUCACCAAUUCCGCCGAGGCCUUUAUCAACGACAACUCCUCCAACAGCCUUGGGGGUCCGGUCUCGCAGGACAACGAUGCAGUUUCCACAACAUCGACGGAGGAUAAAAAGCCAUGUAGCACAUCAUCAGACCCAGUAAAGUUGGCCGUAAAAAGGCCACGACCAAAAGCUGCCUCCCCAAACAGGCAGGGUCCUCAACAAUGUCAGGUGUGCGCCAAGGUAUUCGGGAACGCAUCGGCAUUGGCGAAGCACAAACUGACACACAGCGACGAGCGCAAAUACGUGUGUAGCAUGUGCGGAAAGGCGUUCAAACGACAGGAUCAUUUGAACGGGCACAUGCUGACCCACCGCAACAAGAAGCCAUACGAGUGCAAGGCCGAGGGCUGUGGCAAGAGCUACUGCGACGCCCGCUCCCUUCGCCGUCAUACUGAGAACCAUCACAGUUCGGCCGGCGGCGGCGGCACGGUCAGCGCCUCGACGACGAUGUCGCCGGCGCAGGGCGCCGCGUCCGGGGACGCCGCCUCGCCGCACGGCAGCAGCUGCAUCCAGUACGCGCCCCCGCCCACGUCCACGUCGGCGGCUUCGCCCGGCACCUCGGGCGGCAAGAGUCAGCUGCAGCAGUUGCUCGCCAUCGAUCCUGCGAAGGGAGGCAGCGGUGGCAACAACGAUGGCCUGACUAAACAGCAACUGGAUCUGAUCCAUCAAAUAAUGGAACAGACUCAGCGACAAUCUCAACAACAGACGACGGCGACCAACAGCAAAACAUCAACUGUGACGACGCCAAAGUCUUCAACACCAUCGAAAGUUACGGCCACGAAAACCCCCGUCAAAAUGCAAAGGGCGCAAUCAUCAUCGAACAAAAAUUCAUCGAGUACAAGUGGUCAACAAUCGAAGGUUUCCACAACCACUCCAAACUCAUCCAAUACACCAAAGACUGCUGAACCAAAGCCUGUGGAGUGCAAUCUAUGUCACCGAAAGUUCAAAAACAUACCCGCCCUCAAUGGACAUAUGAGACUUCAUGGGGGUUACUUCAAAAAGGAUGCCGACAACAAAAAAUGCGAAAAAAAAGACACGAACACGCCCCCACUGCAAACGGCCAGCGUGAGCGUGCGGGCACUGAUCGAGGAAAAGAUCAUCAACAAGAGGAUAACUCAGCCGCAGCCCACCACGCCGACGGAGGAACCCAAGUCGACAGCGCCGCCCCUCUUUCCUUUAACCGUGCAUUCCUCGGCGACGUCCAGCGACCUAGACACCAAGAUCACCUCGUUCGUGGUGCCGGCACCCCCUCAACAGACCGCUGAGAAGACUAGAAGACAUUCCGACGCUGAGGCUUUCAACCACAGGUUAAUUUCAAACACGCAACAAGAAGCUCAAGCUCUGGCUGAUCUCAUCCUCAAGCGGGAGAUCAAACGGGAGAAAGCCUCCGUCAAACGUACUACCUCUGAUCCCGGUCAAACGAACCUCAUCCAAUUCCAGUCGAAUGAUUCGCUGUCGCUGACUUUCAAGCAAGAGGAGAUCGAAUAUCUAUCGCCCAGUUUGCAAGAUGAGGUGUUCACACAAGUACAGGACACCAUGUUGCUGCAAGGUGUAGAUCCCAAUCAGUUGGCCACUUUGCAAUUCCAAACCGAAGACUUGUUGCCAGAUCAAACUGAUCAGAACUUGCAGAAUCUCAAUCUGGAUGAUUAUGCAAACUUACAGGACCAAGUUGGUCAAUCGCCCUCCUAUCAGUCUAGUCAUAAUGUGAAUCAAGAUUUGCAAGCGGUCUUGGAUUCUCCUCUUCCUGAAAGUCUCGCUGAAUUCAGCACCUUUCAUUCAAACAACUUAGAUCUAUCUUCGCCCAGUUACCAAAACCAAUCACCUGCACAAUAUGUCAAUUCUCCACACACUUCAAUAGCACAGUCUCCAUUGCAAAGCCCGUUAAUUCGGCAGGAUUCGCCAGGAUUCCCAUAUCCCACGCCACCAGCAAGUCAUGAGGGACAAAGCCCUUGUUUUUCUCAGAAUACUUUGCUACCUUUGGUGUCUCCAAAACAGGAGUUUGGAGCAGUCGUGGAACGUGGAAUUGAUGAACCACCCCAAGCCUCAUCUCCAUUGUCGGCAGCUUUCUUCACAUCAACCAUGUCCAGUUCUGCUGCAGUGGAAGAGGCUUUGGAAGAAGUUUUGCCAGGGGAAACAAUUUCCAAUGACGAUUUAUAUCCUUUGAGCAACUCACCUUCACCACAAUCACCCAUUGGAUUGACUCCUGUCCAGUCUCCAUUACCUAAUAUAGCAACAACAGCUGUAUCAUCCCCUCAUCCGACAACUACUUUCAGUGCAAGUAACACAGCUACGUUCAACAUCUCCCCACAAUAUACUCUCCAAUCUCAAAUGAUGCCAAAUUCCGAGGAUCCUCUCUUAUCCAGCAGUUCUGUAAAUCGUAAACGGUGUGGACUAAGUGGCAUUCCACUAAGAGUUAUGACCAAUAACGGCCUAUUGGAUCUUAAUACUGCGAAUUUCGCUGGAAUUUUGUUGGACGCAAAUGGGGAAAUCAAAUUUAUCCAAACUGGUGCCAACACUUUCCAGUCGAAAAAUAUUGUAUUGGCGAACACUCAAAUGGUACAAACGCCACAAGACGAUGAUAAAACCAAAUUGCAUCGAAUGUUGAAAACAGUUCAGUGCGCCUUACCAACGAAACAAUUCAUCGCUAAACCCAAACAAGUGGUUGAAAUCAAGAAAGAAGAGAACAACGACGUGUUUUUGAGUCCCACAUCAAUACCGUCUAGUCCUGUGCGUACAUCGAGGAAACGACUUAGAACUGAGCCGUUGCAGUUGCCAGUUUUUCACCAGUCAAAACUAAGGGCGACUAGAAGCAAACCGGCAGGGUCUUCAGCAUUUACACCCCAGCCGAUAUUAAACCCACAAAGACAAGGGACUGGACUUUUUAACAACCUAAAAACAAAAUCCAGUGAUGAUACCAGUAUAUGGAAUUGCGAGCCCAUCCCUGAAACUGAUUCAACCCCGCACAUAAAUGUGGGACCCCAAUUUCAGUGUAAUAUUCCACCUGUCUCCAGCAGAUUGAAUCCCGUAUCGAAACAUGAGGAUCUGCUUUGGGAUCCUGGUAUUAACAAUUGUUCCGAUGCCGAAGUCGAUAUGUACUUGGAUUUCGCGUGUUGCGCUGCUGUACCAGGCGGUGGUAGAAACAAAGAAUACGCCAUGCAUUUGCUUCACAUGUGUAGUGGUAACAUUCAUGAGGCCAUGUUGAAACUAAUGCAACCUUCUCCAAACCUACCUGCUGAUCAUCCUCUUCUGUGCUACCAGUAUAGCGAAAGUGACAAGUGGUCUUCUACUGAGACCGAAAUAUUCCACAAGGCACUGAUUAAGUACGACAAAGAUUUUCACAGCAUUUCAAAAGAGGUAAAAAGUAAAUCGGUGAAACAGUGUAUACAGUUUUAUUACGUUUGGAAGAAGGUUUGCACGGACGAGUACAGAAAAUUAAAGCAGGUCCGAGAAAAAAGGAAUCAUAAAAACUCGGAGUCAGACAUGGAUGAAAAGCCCUAUCCAGAUGCCAAAUUAUUGGGGAUUGCAGACAGUGGGUCCCCUAUGCCGGUUCAAGAUGCUACAAGAAAUUUCGUCUGUGAAUUUCCAGAAUGUUCAGCAAGUUUCAAUUCUCGCGCAGCGCUAAACGGUCACAUCCGGAUCCACGGCGGUACUGCCGCCAGGAAUUCGCCGACUCCGGCCGCAAUCGAGCGCCGUUCCGCCUCGGUCAGUUCGACGGUAUGCCACCCGGACUCGACCGAGGACUAUCCCUGUAAGAUUUGCGGGAAGGUGUUUUCGAAAAUUAAAAGCCGUAGUGCCCAUAUGAAAUCUCACCGACCACCAGAUGCUGAAACAUCAAAACGACGCGAAUCAAAAGACCCACAAAACUAUUGUUAUGAACUCUCCGUGCCAAGCCCGUAUAGUAAAGGGCAAUCAAAAACUAUUGAGUCAGAUCAAAAGAUUGAAAUAAAACAAAAAGACAUAAUUUAUGAUUAAAAGGAAAAUCUAGGUAAUGGAAUUAUAGUUAGUAUAGUUGUAUAAAUCUCAAUCCACAUAUUAAACAGAGAUAUAUAUUUAAUAUAAAAAUAGGGGUUGUGUUACGUUACAGUUACGCAGAACGUAACGUAACGUUAGUGCCUUUUUCGAAUGUCGAGUGAGACACUAUUGCUAUACCAUCUGGUAUUUUGAAUUUAUUCGUACUCCAUUUUUGUAUGCCCAAAUCGGAUAUAAGUGACUAAAAUGAACAAAAAAAAUCAGUUUCUUUUUAAUGGCAAUUUAGAGAAUUCAUUGAAUAAAUUAAUACUGGGGUUAGUUUAUGAAUUGCAGCGUUAGCAGAAAAUCAUAAAAAAUGUAAAACUUUUAUAGAAUAAAAUGCAACUAAAGAAAAACAUUAUCGAAAGGAGUUUCAUAUAGCGAAUUGGGCACGAUUUUUUACAAUAUCAGAAUUUUGAAUUGUCAAGAGCAAUAUAGAUCUGUACUCAAAAAGAAUUUUAAUCAAAUAUUAAUAUCAAACGGCCAUAAGUAAAUAUAAACAAAUGAACUAUACGUAUUUUAAACUGGAACAAAAUCACAUACUUGUCCGCUUUUUUCUGCAGUAUGUUGUGGGAUUUGCUCAAAAAGAUAGUGUUUUUUAACUCUUCCUUUUUAUAAGAAUUUACGUAUUAACAAAUUAUGAACUAUUAGGUUAGGUGUUUAGGAAAUCUAUAAAUAAUUAUUUUAAUAUAAAUAAAAGUUGCUACAAAUAUACUAAUAUUUAGUAAUUAAAUUAUGGAAUGUAGAGUAUUUAUAUAUGGACGCACUGUAUGAAUUAAUAUGUGCCACGUGAUAAAAAUGUGACAAGUAGGUGAAUUUGUUGAUUUUUUUGGUACCCCCGAGCCAAGCUCAUGUACUAUUACUCUGUGUUGUGAUCUUUUUAAAGUCUAUUACUAUGAAUCUAUCUAUAUUAAUACUUAUAUAAUAAAAUAAAUAUUUGUACAUGUUACUGUAUGUAUGAUAUUAGAUUAAAUUUUUAGCAGGUCUACGUUAAGUCAGAAAUGGGUCCCAGCCUUUCCAUUUUAAAAAAUGACAAUCCAAUUUUUCGUUUUUCUUAAACUUUAUGUAUCGAUGUUUUUAUUAUACUUAAUAUUACGUCUCAAAGACAAAACAUAGGAUAGGUAGCUUAAUAAAUAUAUCAUAUUCAUGUUAGGUGUUUUAUAAAAUGUAUGUUUUCUUCAAACUCAUCACGAUGAGACGUAGGUUUAACAUUGCUGGAUAUUUCGAGGUCGUGAAUAAGAGAUAUAUUAAAAAAAUUAAAUUCUUAGAAAUAACACGAAAUGCUUUUUUCGAAGGUCAAUUUAAUUUUCCGUGCCUUUAUAACUUUUUUUCCCUAAUUAACAUCGAUGCGUAUUUACAAUAAUGUUUUAAAAACAAUCACAAACGGCAGUUUUCUAUUGGAUUUAAUCUUUUUAAAUUGUCAUAUUCACACCAGACCUUUUCUGACCUUAUAUAGACCAACAGACUGGGCCACAAGUUGGUAGUCGUAGAAAUCUAAAGUGAUUACCCACAUAAAAUUUCAGCGAUUCUCAUAUUAUUGAAACGUGAAAUAUCAUGUUGCGAUAUUGUGUGGGGAAAUCAAUUUGGUUUGAAUCAGGUGCUCAGACCUUUAUCAAUUAAUUGUUGUUAUUGAAUGUACCUCUACGAACUGACGAACAUUUUGUUAAUUAAAAACUCAAAGCGUCUAAAUAGGUACUUUAAUUACGUAUAACUCAUAUAAAUCUCCUAAAAAUUGCUCACUUUUAUACGUCGUAUUUAGCUUUUUAUACAUGUUUAUUUAUUACUGGACUAUGUUAUUACUAAUGGAAUUUAUGUAAUCGCUUAAAACCAGUUAAGAAAACUUCUUUACGUACGCACUACUAUAUUUCCCUUAUAAUGUGUGUGUUUAUGUGUAAUAAAUAUAAACACUCUAAUAAUAUAUGUGCUUCCAGAAUGUCAACAUAUCCCUAUAUAUUGCACACAAAUUCCAUGUUAUUAAUCUGGUUUUAAACUGAUUACGUGUUUGUUAUCCUCAAAGUAAUUUUAGGCUAAUAUAUUUUAGUCAAGUACAUGUACUGUUAUAAAUUAAUCAUUAUUCUCUCAGUAGGUUGUUUGUACAUACUUGUUCUGUUGUUUUUAACAUUUGAUCUAUAUUUUCUGCUUAUAAACUGUUUCUAAAACGGCCUAAUAAAUUUAAAAUAAAAGCAUUUACUUGUGAUACUGUAAAAUACUAAAUACUGAUUUUAAAUGUCCGUCAGUUCAUGUUAGUCUAUGGUCACCCUUAUGUUAUUGCAUAAUGUACUUGACACUAGUAUUUUGUGUGAUUUUUGAACAAUCAUUCAUGUAAAAUAAAGAAAAAUAACCUCUAAUAUUGCUGUGGUCUUUCAAAAAAACAUAAACGUACCCAAGGACUGUCCAAUAUAUUUAAAUAUCAACAAAUACUAGUUUUAUUGAUAGGUUCUAAGGACUAUAAAAAACAUCGAAUCUAAAGAAACUGAUAUUUUUACAGAAUAUUUUUAAUAACAAAUAUCAAACCCAGAUGUAUCAACAAGUAAUAUCCUGUUUAGUAUCGUGUAAAGUUUUAUUAUUAAACAUUGCAAAAAUUUGUUGAUGUUUAAAUAUUCCAAUAUUUGUAUGAAUGUGUGCCUGUAUUAAUUUUCCUUGUGCCAACAUUAAAAUGUCAUAGUUGAGCUUAGAAAGAAAACAGUGUCAUGUAACAUACUCAGUAGGUUAAAGCUUGUAUAUUUGUAAAUAAGCUAUUAAUAUAUUUAUCAAUUUUCAUGCUUACCUUCUAAUCCGCAACAAAUAAAACAACAUCAACAGCAGUCAAGAAUACAUUAUGCUGGUUGCAGCAGUUUUAUUUUUUGUGGUAGUAGUUGGUGGUUUUGUAAAUGUUUCAAGUUUUAUUGAUAGGUUUCGCCAAUUGUUUAACCCCAUUGCAUCGCAUUGCAUCAAAUUUUUAGAGGGGACGUGUAGUUAUGCAAUAAGCUAUAUAAUAGGUGAAUUUUUAUCUGUCUAAAAACUUUUUGAAAAGAGAGCAGCUAUGUAUCAUUAUUUGGUGUUUGUAUACACAUAUUAUUAUCCAAAGUGCAAAGGAAUUUGAUGAGAAUCGAAUGAUCAAACAUUGAAAUACGCAGUUUCAAUUCAUUUUGGGUAAAAAUGUAUGUAUAUUUGCUGAUUUUUUGCUUUGAAUUUGAAUUUUGUUUACAACACAAUAUAAACCGUUCCCAAUCUGUACCUGAUGAGAUUUACCAUUUCCACUCAUUAUUAUUUAUUAAUAUUAUUUAUCUUACUAAUAAAAUUUAACGUGUGUUAAAAUAUUUGGAUUUCAUGAUUCGAUUCCGUUGUUGAAUUUGUACACUUUUGUCGAAACUAUUGAAUGUGAUCCAAGAUGUAAGAUGUAUGUAUGUAAUAAUAAAAUGUUUAGCACAACCUUCUAGGAAUUUGUGUCUAAAUUUGAAUAUAUAUGAAAAUGUAAGAAAAAGUGUACAGAGUAAAACUAUUCACCAUAUGUAUAAUGUUUAAAUGAAUUUAUAUAAUAUUUUACAUUUAUGAUGUCUAAAAACGUUGUGCUCAUUUAUAUCAACAAUAAUAUAUAAUUAAUGUAAAUCUUUGAUCAAAUGUCAAUACGUGUAGCUCAAGAAACUUUCUAUAUAUUUUUUUGAAUCCAAAUAAUAAAAUACAAUCUGUAGAUUUUAUGACCAUAAUAUGUCAUAACACAGUGUGUUCAUAUUUUUAGUGCAGUUAUAUUUUUCAAACCGAAUUUUCGAUUUUAAUUUGCUAAAUCAUCAUGACGGUCAUCAAUUAAAUAGACAAUCUUAAAAAUAAAGGGCAAGUUUGAAAAAUAUAUAUGCAGUAAAAUGUUUAAAAAAUGUAAAAAGUAGAAAAUACACUAUAUAUUAUGCGUUUGUAACUGUAAUCCAGUUUUCUAUUUUGUGUUAAAACUAUUAAUAAUUGUUUUGUUUGACUGUUUUUAAAGAAAAAUAUUUGUUGUUAAAUUCUGUCCAAAUAUUUCCAAAAACGUAUGUUUAAAAGUGUAUAUGUAUAUACUUGUAUUAUUGUAUGCACAAUAAAAAUGGCGUUGUAUUA